AUGGCCAAACUGUUCAAGACUCAAACACGAGGCACGACGCUAGAGAAGGGCACGAUAAUCAUGACCGGCACCGGGCCCGGCAUUGGCAUGGCUAGGGAUCCGCCGAUAUUUCUGAAGGAUGGAGACGAUAUGAGAAUUGAAAUUUCGGAGAUAAGGACUCUCGUCAACGUCGUUAAAUAUGAAUAG